CCACGGCUUGACUCACUCCGAAUACCAUCGUCUCACGACCCUCGCGAUACCUACUUCGACGCCGUGAAGCCUUCACAACCUCGACUCCCCGAACAUCGUUGCAUUCUUACUUCGAUCCCACACUUUACGAAACUUGUAGCAUACUCAAGAUGGCGGAAGGUACAAAUGCGCAGGAGAGGUUCGCCCUCAUCAACGAGAACUUGGCCGAGAUCAUGAACCCCGAGAUCAUCGAGAAGAUCCUGGCCGAGGGACGCAACCCGAAGAUCUACUGGGGAACCGCGACAACGGGCAGACCUCACUGUGGUUACUUCGUCCCGGCCAUCAAGCUGGCGCAGUUCCUCGCUGCCGGCUGCGAAAUGACCGUUCUUCUCGCCGAUAUUCACGGUUUCCUCGACAACCUCAAGGCCCCCAUCGAGCUCGUCGAGCAGCGCGCCAAGUUCUACAAGUUCGCCAUCACAAACAUCCUCAACGCUGUCGGCGUCUCCACGGAGAAGCUCAAGUUCGUCCUCGGCAGCUCCUACCAGAAGAGCCCCGAGUACGUCAUGGAUGUCUACAAGAUGAGCUCGCUCAUUAGCGAGAGAGAUGCGAAGAAGGCUGGCGCCGAGGUCGUGAAGCAGUCUGACAACGCCCCCAUGAGUGGUCUGCUGUACCCCGUACUACAGGUCUGCGACGAGGAGCACCUUGGUGUCGAUGCUCAGUUCGGAGGCAUGGACCAAAGAAAGCUGUUCGCCGCUGCUACUGAAUGGUUGCCCAAGGUCGGAUACAAAGUGCGCGCGCAUCUGUUGAACCCCAUGGUUCCUGGUCUGAACGGUGGCAAGAUGAGCGCAAGUGAUCCUGACAGCAAGAUCGACCUUCUUGAUGCUCCCGAGGUUGUCCAGAAGAAGCUCCGCAAGGCUGAGUGUGUGCCCAAGGUUGCUGAGGGCAACGGUGUCCUGUCUUUCGUCGAGUACGUCCUGCUGCCCGCCGCAGCGCUGAAGGGCAAGAAGGAGUUCCGUGUCGAGCGUGAGCGCGACGGCCUCGAGACCCUGGUUUACACCGAGAUUACAAAAAUGCACGAGGACUACAAGAACGACGUGUUGACGCCCCAGCUGCUCAAGCCCGCAGUGACAAAGGCCCUGAACGAGCUCCUGGCACCCAUCCAGCAGGCUUUCCAGGCCUCCGAGGAGUGGAAGCAGGUCACGGAGAGGGCCUACCCCCCGGUCGAGGACGACAAGAAGAAGAAGAAGAAGCAGCCCAAGGACAAGGGCUCCCGCUACCCCGGCGGCGGCAAGGGCCCCGCCGCGCAGGACGGCGCUGCCAAGGAGGCGGAGCUGCCGGUGCGCCCGGCCGAGGGCCAGUGAUUAUUUGUUUCUUGCAUAAGAAAGCGUUUUUUAUCUGUACGUGCUACUACGGUAUGGGUCGGAGUUCGGAUGAAGACCAGCAAAAAAGAAAGUCUAGAGAGAGACAGCUAGAUACCUCAGAUGAAAAGAGCAUCUAAAAGAGAGACAUUCCAUGACCCUCUGCUCCUCCCCCGUUGCCC